AUGAUCAUACAUGUCACUCCUUUGUGCUGGCCUCUGAUUGCAGUUUUCGGCUACUUUGAACCAAGCUUUAUUCUAACUCCCUUCUACUUCCUCACCCACUACUCACAAGCUCUGAAGUAUAUCCUCCAGUGGUUCUUGUCCAUCAACAGAAUGACAUGUGUUAUAUUUCCAACCCGUCAUCAAAAGGUUAGUAGCACAAACUUGUCCCAAGGGCACAAAAUAAUUUUCAGUUCUGGAAACAGUUUCUUGCAUUCAGUUUCGGUUUCAUCUGUAUUUCUCCUCUUGCCGUCGUUUGGAACGUGGCGAUUUCAGAAACUUUUUUAGUGGAAGAACUUGGUGGUCUCACUGUCGGUUACACCAGAGUUGUCAGUUGGGUAGAAUAUUCAUCUCUGUUUGAAGUUAAUGAAAAGCUUGAAGGCUGGCUUGUCUUCUUUCAUGUUGUUACUCAGCGCCCUAACACUGCUCAUACUUGGUAUCACGACAACUGUCACCCUAAUUGGCUUAGUCUCAAUGACAACAAGAUUGAAAACAUCAGAAAGGAACCUCUUUAUCGUCACACUCUUUAUGGUUUUCACCAUAGUCAUAAACUCUAUGGCUCGGGUAUUUUUGAAGCGAAAAAUUGAGAAAUGAAACUGUUAUACAGGCGGGUUUCCUAGUGCCGAGCAUAAUGCAAAUGAUUAACGUUGAUUACUUGCUCAUCAUACAGUACUUAACCAUCGAUUUCUGUAACGUUUGGUAAGGUUUUUCCAAAUAAUUGACACCAUAAUUUGUUUUCAGCACACCAAUCGUCAUGAUCUAUAUGAGCAGUCCUCUGAGAAAGGUCCUGCUCGAGAAAGAACCUUCAAUAAUCGUCGUUGCCUCUUCCACGGAAUCCGUCGCGUCUAAUCGAUCGAAAUGA